AUGUGUAUCCCUCUCCCCCUCCUCCGCGCACUCAUUCCUCUACUUGUUUACGCUAAGACCAUUCUGCCCCUUGUACUUCUUGUACUCCUCUUGGGUUUGCCACACUGCUCAUGUGAAGAGUUCGAAAAAAUAGAAUACGCCCAGGCUUUAACAAAAAUAAAAUACUAUGACUGCAAUAUCCAUAUUGAUAAGACGCACUUGUACAAAUACGUGGCGAAGCCAUCUUUACAGGAUCUGGUAGUAACAGUGAGGAUACAAAAAAAUGUAGAGCCAGACAACAUGUUAUAUUUCCCCAAGGGGAAAAGUUACCUUAAAAUAGCGGGAGAUUGGUCAAAGUACCCAAAGGAAAAAAACGAAACCAUAUGUUUAACAUUUUUAUUGAAGAAGGACUUAGUAAAAAAUAAAAAGGAAAAAUGUCCCAGUAAUAUUUUUUCCCCAGAAAAUGUAUACAAAGUCUGUUAUAAGGAAAAUAAUUACUCUAUCCGAAAUUUAUUUUUAUACCUAGAAAUAUCCCAGGCCUAUUUAGAGAAGCUCUUUGAAUCCUUCAACGUUCCAGUUGUAGUCAAUACAGAAAAUACUGUAGUAUAUUUUACUAAUAAUAAAAAGAAAUCCAAAGAUGAAAAGCCACCUUUAGAUUUGCACAUAUGUUACAAUUCCAUGGAGGAAAAACCAUACUAUUUAGGAAAGGUUAUUUUUAAUUCAUACCCAAUGAACAUAGAGAGAAAUAUUAAUGAAUACGAUGUUAUUUACACAAAAUCCUUUUUAACUUCCAAUUGGGAAUACAAAUUAAUUAUCAAAGGGGAAUAUAUAACCUCGUACAAUCGAAUUAUUUUUGUGAAAUUUGCUCGUAAUAUUGAUGAUAAGGAGAAGAAGUGUCCUCCCUUUUGGAAUUAUGCCAUUCUCGGUGCAGGUGCAUUGGAGAAAAUAAAAAGAACCGAUAAGUCCAAUAUAACGAAAAAUGUUGUACAGUACUUUUUUUCCAGUGAUGAUAAAUCUUCAACAGAUUAUUAUAUUCCUUUUAUAAAAAGCGAUAAUUUACAAACAAAUGAAAACUAUCUUAUUUGUUUAUACUCUGAUGAAAAUGAUUUUCACGGUAUGGAACUUACCAAUGUUCAUUUUUAUAUUAAUACGACUGAUUCCAUUAUUCUCAUAUUCCUUAUCAUUUUUGUCAUUGUCUUUUUGCCUCUCCUCUUUUCGCUUACUUACCUCUGUGUUUUGUUCAAGAUGAACGCCCUCAAGGUUAAGAUGCGGAAGUUGCAGCUACUAAAUAGGAAGGACGAAAUUGAGGACAGGCUCAAGCGCGAGUUGAACCUCGACCAGUAUGAGUGUAUUUAG